AUGGCAUACUCUCCAACGACUCAAAUAUCCCCUUCAUCUUCUUCUUCUUCUUCUUCGCCUCCGUGGGAUAUUUUUCUCAGUUUCCAUGGCGAGGACACCCGCAAGAGUUUUACUGCCCAUCUGUAUACUGCUUUGAAACAAAGAAGCCUUUCUACCUUUAGGGACGACAAAGAACUGGAGAGAGGAAAAUAUAUAUCUGAAGAACUCUUGAAUGCAAUUGAAAACUCCAUGUAUGCGGUCGUCGUUCUCUCACCAAACUACGCUUUUUCAAGGUGGUGCUUAACUGAACUGGCCAAGAUCAUUGAAUGCAUGAAAAAGACGAGGAUUGUCGCAGAUGAUCUGCAAACAUGGAGAUCUGCUUUGCAUAAAGUGGGCCAUAUCUCCGGAUGGGAUUUAUGGGAUGGGGAUGAGUCAACGGUUAUUCAAGAGAUUGUUGGACAAAUACAUGAUGGUAAAUUAAAUUCCAUAGUCUCAGCUGUUUCCAAGAAGCUUGUUGGAAUAGGCUCUCGGGUAGAGGAAAUGAUGAAUUCCUAUUUAAAUAUUGGGCCGGAUGAUGUUCGCUUCGUGGGGAUAUUGGGCAUGGGCGGUAUCGGCAAGACAACUCUUGGACGUGCCGUUUAUGACAAAAUUUCCAGUCAAUUUGAAGCUAGUAGUUUUAUUGCCAAUGUUAGGGAAGAAAGUGCAAGAGGCAGUCUAGUUCCUUUACAAGCACAACUUCUUUCCGAUAUCCUGAUGACGAGCAAUAUUGUCAUAAGGGACAUUGAAAGAGGAAGUAAUGCGAUAUGCCAUGGACUUUGUCGUAAAAAGGUCUUAGUAGUUGUUGAUGAUGUGGAUCAAACCCAACAAUUAGAGGCAUUGGCAAACCGGCGGGAUUGGUUUGGUGGAGGGAGUAUAAUUCUUAUAACAACAAGAGAUAAGGAUGUGUUGAUAAAACAUGGGUUGGCUGAAGAUGAAAUAUAUAAGGCUAAAGAAUUAGAUGAUGAUGAAGCUCUCCAACUCUUUAGUUGGAAAGCAUUCAAGAAUGACCUCCCUCUAGAAGGUUUUGUGGAGCUUUCCAAGCAGAUUAUGCAUUAUGCUAAAGGGCUUCCUAUAGCUCUUGAAUUUUUGGGUCAUUUCUUCUGUCGGUAA